ACCCAAACUGAACACCUCCACUUAGAGAGAAAGAAGGAAAAGAGACAAGAGACAGAGACAGAAACGCAUGAAACAGGAACAUGCCCGAGCCCAAGAAGCCAGGUCCUACGAAACAGGAAGCAGCUCCACCUGCUGAGAAUGUGCCUGGGGAUGAGCAACAGAUGUCAGAGGUCUCCAGCCUCAUUGUGGAGAAACCCCAGAGUGUCACGGCAAUCAAAGGGAAAGACAUAACGUUCGUUGCCAAGGUGGACUCGUCAACCCUUUUGAGGAAGCCAGUGUUGAAAUGGCUGAAAGGGAAGUGGUUGGACCUGGGCAGCAAAGCCGGCAAACACCUGAAGUUUAAAGAAUCCUAUGACAGGAACACCAAGAUAUACACUUACGAGAUGACCAUCGUUAAGGUGGUUGAGGGAGAUGCAGGAGGUUAUCGCUGCGAGGUCGCGUCCAAGGAUAAGUGUGACAGCUGCGCUUUUGAGGUCACAGUUGAAGCUGCACAAGAGGCUCAGCAAACCAACAUCUUGGAGGCCUUCAAGCGAUCGGGGGACGCAGGAGAGGACGCUGGGGAUCUGGAUUUCAGUGGCCUCCUUAAGAAAAGAGAGAGGAAGCAGAAGAAGGAGCCUGAGCUGGACGUGGAUGUCUGGGAGAUCCUAAAGAACGCGCAACCAUGCGACUACGAGAAGAUUGCGUUCCAGUACGGGAUCACCGACCUGCGGGGAAUGCUGAAGAGACUGAAGAAGAUGAAGAAGGUGGAGCCUAAGAAGAGUGAUGCCUUCAUAAAGAAGCUGGAUCCUGCGUACUCAGUGGAAAAAGGCAAGAAGAUCCAGCUGUCUGUGGAGCUGACGGAUCCAAACCAGCAGGUGAAGUGGCUGAAAAAUGGGCAGGAGAUCAAACCUUCAGCAAAGUAUGUGUUUGAGAGCAUUGGUGGGAUCCGAAGGCUCACCAUUAACAAGUGCACGCUGUCGGAUGACGCUGCGUACGAGUGUGUGGUCGGGGAGGAAAAGUGCUUCACUGAGGUGUUUGUACAAGAGCCUCCUGUCACCAUCACCAAGCUGCUAGAUGACGUCCACGUUGUGGUUGGGGAAAAAGUAGAAUUCGAGGUGGAAGUGUCCGAGGAAGGAGCGAGCGUUAAAUGGAUGAAGGAUGGAGUGGAGUUGAGUCGAGACGGAAAGUAUCGUAUAAAGAAAGAAGGGAAGAAACAUUGGCUGAUCAUCAAUGAGGCCACAAAGGAGGACACCGGGAUGUACCACGUCUACACCAGCGGGGGGGAGUCGAAGGGAGAGCUGGAGGUGGAAGAUAAGGAGCUGGAGGUGCUGCAGAGUAUCGCUGAUCUGACGUUGAAGGCCGCUGAGCAGGCCGUGUUUAAAUGCGAGGUUUCUGAUGAGAAAGUCACAGGGAAGUGGUUUAAGGAUGGAGUCGAGGUCGUCGCAAGUGACCGCAUCAAAAUGACUCAUAUCGGCAGGAUCCACAAGUUGACGAUUGAUGACGUGAAGGCAGAGGACGCGGGAGACUACACCUUCGUCCCUGAUGGCUACGCGCUCUCAAUUUCAGCUAAACUCAACUUCUUGGAAAUCAAGAUCGAUUAUGUUCCUCGUCAGGAUCCUCCGAAAAUCCACCUGGACGCCACGGGCAGCAUGGUGAACAAGAACACCAUCAUCGUGGUGGCGGGGAACAAACUCCGUCUGGAUGUGGAGAUCACGGGAGAACCUGCACCCACCGUCUGCUGGAAGAAAGGAGACACCGAGAUAGCAGCCACAGAGGGACGAGUGCGGGUGGACAGCAGGAAGAACUUGAGCAGUUUUGUGAUUGAGGGGGCAGAGAGGUCAGAUGAAGGACCUUACAACAUCACCGUCACCAAUCCUGCAGGAGAGGACAAGGCCGAGAUCAUCAUCAAGAUCGUGGAUGUUCCUGAUCCACCAGAGAACGUGCGCUGUACAGGAGUGGGUGAGGACACGGCUUCCAUCCUAUGGGACUCUCCCAAAUUUGAUGGUGGCUCACUCCUAAAAGGUUAUCUGAUGGAGAGGAAGAAGGUAGGCUCGUCCAGGUGGACCAAGCUGAACUUUGAUAUCCAUGAGUCGACCGAGUACGAAGCAAAGAAGAUGAUCGAGGGUGUGAUGUACGAGAUGAGGGUGUUCGCCGUUAACAGCAUCGGGGUCUCACAGCCCAGUGCUGUCUCUAAGCCCUUCAUGCCUAUCGCACCCACGAGUGAGCCGACUCGUCUGAUGGUUGAUGACAUCACAGGCAACACCUGCUCGCUGAAGUGGCGUCCUCCAGAGAAGAUCGGCGCCGGGGGUGUGGACGGGUACAUCAUCGAGUACUGCCUCGAAGGAGGGAGCGAGUGGGUGAGGGCCAACGAGACCCCCGUGGAUAAGAACAGUUAUCGCAUUCGAGAUCUGCAGAUUGGAGAGAAGUACUUGUUCAGGGUGAAAGCGGUGAACAUCGCGGGUUUGAGCCCACCGGCCGAGAUCGAUCGAGCAGUCACCAUCCGGGAGAUCACUGAGAACCCCAGGAUCCGCCUGCCUCGUCAGUUAAGGACUAAGUUCAUAAGGAAGGUGGGGGAGAAGGUCAACCUCGUUAUUCCCUUUCAGGGGAAACCUCAUCCUGUAGUGACCUGGUUGAAGGAUGACGUUCCGUUGGAUCCCAAAUUGGUUAACGUCCGCACCACUGAGGUGGACACCAUCCUGUUCAUCAGGAGCGCCACUCGGGAACACUCGGGAAAAUACACGCUCAUCGUCCAGAUCGAGAACAUGGAGGACAAGGCCACUAUCGAGAUCCAGAUUGUGGACAAACCCGGACCGCCUAUUGCCAUCACGGUGACUGAUGUAUGGGGCUUCAACGCCGCGCUUGAGUGGAAGCCUCCUAAAGACAACGGCAACAGCGAGAUCCUGGGGUACACCAUACAGAAAGCAGACAUGAAGACUAAGGAGUGGUUCCUGGUGUAUGAACACAACCGCAGGCCUAGCUGCACUGUCUCUGACCUCGUGAUGGGGAACGAGUAUAUGUUCCGUGUGUUCAGUGAGAACGUCUGUGGCCUGAGCGAGGACGCGGGGCUUAGCAAGAACACCGCCGUCAUCUCCAAAUCAGGUCUUAACUAUAAGACAAAGCCAUUUAAAGAGAUGGACAUGAGCAGCUCCCCGAAGUUCAUCACGCCCCUUGUGGAUAGAUGCGUCAUUGCAGGUUACAGCGCGGCCAUUAGCUGCGCUGUCCGUGGUUUCCCCAAGCCCAAGAUCAUCUGGAUGAAGAACAAGAUGAUAAUUGGCGCCGAUCCCAAGUUUAUCAUGCAGAACAACCAGGGCGUCCUGACCCUGAACAUCCGCAAGCCCAGCCUGUUCGAUGGAGGGAAGUACACGUGCAAGGCCAUCAACGACUUGGGUGAGGACGAGGUGGAGUGCAAGCUGGAGGUCCGAGUCAUGACAGAGAAGGAAGGAGCGAAGAAAUAAAGACUGCAACAUCAAACAGCACAGAAGGACACUGGAAACCGGAACGUAGAUAAAAUUACAGUAGAGAAUGAGGAUGAUUUGUAGAAUAGUGUCUGUAUCUCAGGUUAAACUUCAUAAUCAGUGAUAUAUGAUGAGGUUAUUGCAGUUUUAGACAUAUAUUUGCGAUGUUAUGAAUGCGUCAGUUCUCUGCACUCAUGAUAUCACCCGCUGCGACUUGGUGUCUUCGGCAGCUUCAUGAAAUUUAUGCGAAACUUCAUCAGCCUGCGUUAAUGAACCCGAGCCUGAAUGGCACGAGGAACGGCAUCUCUGGCAGAUUUAUGCCUCGAAAAUGACGACUAAAUAAAUAAAUAAAAUGUAUAAUUCA